AUGGCGUCUACUUACGUCAUAGAUCCGGAAACUCGACACCAAUCAAUUAAUAUCAACGUGACAAACCUAACCUAUGCCAUUGAUGAAGUUGGGUCACUACCAAUUUGGAAGACAAAACUCCCAUUUUACAAAUCUAAAGCCACGGAAAAUGAAUUUAAAUCUAAGGUGAUACUCAACAACGUAUCAUUUACAGUUAACAGUGGGCAGAUGCUGGCCAUCAUGGGUUGCUCAGGAAGCGGUAAAACGUCCCUGUUAGAUGUUCUAGCGUGCAGGAAUAUGGGAGGAGAGGUGAGAGGGGAUAUAGAACUAAACGGUGUUAAACAUACCCGGGGGAUGAUCGAAACAUACUCGGCUUAUGUUCGACAAGAUGAUCGACUUCUACAACAUCUAACUGUUAAAGAGACUCUAAUGUUUGUUGCUCAACUUAAACUACCAACUCGUUUGUCUACUCGAGAAGUGCAAAAUAAGGUGGAUGGUGUAAUAGCAGAGUUAGGAUUGAGUCAUGUAGCCAAUACAAGGGUUGGUGGUGUGGAUAUUAGAGGUAUAUCAGGUGGUGAGAGGAGAAGAGUCAGUAUUGGUGUACAGCUACUACUCGAUCCCAGUAUAUUAUUCCUAGAUGAACCAACUUCUGGACUGGAUGCCUUCACGGCUAAUCACAUGGUUCAAACACUCGCUAAUUUGGCCCGUAAUAAACGAACUGUUCUUCUGUCUAUACAUCAACCGAGAACGGAUAUAUUUGAACUGUUUGACUUGGUUUUGGUGUUAUCUGCUGGUAAAACCGUGUAUUUUGGGGAGGCAAAGCUGAUGGUGGACUAUUUCACAACACUGGGAUUUCCUUGUCCCGAACUUACAAACCCCUCUGAUUUUUACCUGGAUUUAGCGACAAUAGAUGUGACAUCGGUUGAAACUGAACAGACGACAUCGGAGAUACUGAAGAACCUCGUUAUAGCCUUUGAGUUAGAUAAAACAACUAAAUCUGAACUAGAAAGCCUGGAACACAGCCACCAAACGCAGGUUGCCACUUUAGCUGGCUCCAUGGACAACAAUUCUGGUUACCCCGGUUUCUUUAGACAAUUCCAGGUUCUUUUCAGGCGCCAUUUUAGAAACAUUGUCAUCGAUUACUGGUUUUUAAUUGUGCAGAUCAUCCAAUCUUUAACAAUGUCUACUAUAUUAGGCUCUGUGUUUUGGAACCUGAGUAAGGAUCAACUGGGUAUGCGAGACAGAUUCGGAUUAUUUUUUAUGAUGUGUGUUAUGUAUCCAUACACAGUAACACUUGACGUCAUUGGACAGAGUCAUCGAGAACGUCACCAUCUCUAUUUUGAACUACAAGAUAAGUUAUAUGGGCAUUUUGCGUAUAACAUGGCAAAGAAGUGA